AGCAAUGACCAUAAAUGAGAACUCUGAAGAAAGUCGGUUAUUAGAAAGCAAAGUGUUAUUUGGAGAAAUAAAGUUAAAAUAUUCGAAAUGGGUGGCUUAUACUAUAGUAAUGUUGAUUGUUUUUACCCAAUGUUAUUCGGUUGUUUCAAGUAUUUAUAUAAUGAACCAGUAUGCUUACUUCGCAUUCAUGAAUGAAAAGUAUCCGACCAGAAACACUAUGCAGACUAUUGGUGGAAGUGACUCAGCGUGUACAGUAAACACCAGUAAAGUGGAAUAUAAACAACAAAUAGUAGUCCAGAAAUUAACUUCAGAAUGGAAUAUUUACUGUGCCUUAGCACAAAACAUUCCAGCAGUUUUUAUAUCGAUGAAUUUAGCUUCUUAUAGUGAUGUGUAUGGCCGAAAGCCAUUUUUCAUAGUCCCUUUAAUAGGAACAUUUCUUAAAAAUCUGGCUUGUUCACUAGGAAUAUAUUUCAAAAUAGGCAUACAAUGGUUUAUCGGAUUUUACGUUAUAGAAGGCAGUACCGGAAUCUGGGCCUCCACACUUUCCAUGGCAUUUUGCUUUGUAGCGGAUACUACAAUGCCAGGUAAAACGAGGUCAUUUGUUAUAGCUUUAAUAGAAACCAGCAUCGGUCUAGGUUCCAUAAUAUCAACCUCAUUAUCUGGUUAUAUCAUACAAUGGACAAACAGCUACAUGUAUCCAGAGUUUCUAUCAGUCAUUAUAGUUACUAUUGGAAUCCUUCUUGCAGUGUUUGUUUUACCUGAAACGCUCCAUCCCUCACGGAAACGAGACGAUCACGUGUCAAUAUGUCAGAACAUGAGGAAUGUAACUGAGUGUUACACAUCAGAGUUUUCACCGUUAGGAAAGAGAUGGAUGUUUAUAUUACUCAUUUUUAUAUUCAUUAUGUCUGCAUUCGGAAAUCUAGGAAGAUCUAAUGUGGAACAAAUUUAUCAGAUGAACAGUCCAUUUUGUUGGGAUUCUGUGAGGAUUGGUUGGUACGCCGCAGUGCGGAAUUUAGCAUGGAGUUUUGGAAGUAUCGCUAUCAUUAAAGUAUUCCAUCUUUGUACAACUGACGAUGUAAUUGCUUUAGUAGGCUGUAUUACAUGCGUGGCUUCUGCUAUUCUGGAAGGUAUUGCAUCAACAGAUCUGUACUUAUAUCUAGCUGCCGCUGCUAGUAUUGGUAGUGUUGUAACAUUACCAAUGAUAAGAGCAAUUAUGUCCCAGAUGACACCUCCACACAAGCAAGGUUCAAUAUUUGCUGGAGUGGCAGCUGUGGAGGUGAUAUGUAAUAUGGGAGCCUCUGUUAGUGCUAACGCUAUAUACGAUGCCACAAUAGACUAUUACAAAGGAAUGACCUUUUUUGUUAUGGCCGGGUAUGGUGCAGUAGGACUCAUUUUAUGUUUAUUGUUUAUAAGCGAGAAGAAGAGGACAUUAUCAGACAUUACACCGAAGUGAAAACAUUGUCAUAAUAAAUUACAGAACAAAAUAAAAUUGAGAAUGGAAAUGGACAUGUCAAAGAGAAAACAAUCCGACCAUAGAACAGACAACAUCAGAAUGUCAACAAUAGGUCUUCAAUGCAGCAAAAUAAUACAUAUUAAAAGAAUUCCACACAAAAACACAUCCUACACACUGCCUCCCAAAAAUUUUGGAUAUCUGAACUUAAUUUUUCUUCUUUCUUAAGGUGGCACGUUGUUAUAUUUUUUGUUAUAUUUGAUGACAAUUAUUAUCUUUAACUUCUUAUCUUACUUGAUGUUUCCUUUAACACACACAUAGUACGGAAUUAACGCAUAAUAUAAUUUGAACAUUGGGAUAGUAGUUCUAGAUUUAGUCUCGUUAAAAGCGUUUUCUUUUUUUCGUCUUUUUAAAAAGUGCUCUUAAUAUAUCGUACAUAUCAAGAUGUCAAGUUACUCUGAAUCGAUUAAUACUCUGAACUAUUAAUUGUCAUAUAAUGAUAUGUUAUCUUUAUAUGCAG